AUGAAUGAGCCCGGACUCAGGCGUGCUUCAGACACACGCGUUGCGUCCACACAGAAGGUAGCUUCCUACAGCAUGUCCAUCAACAUCUCGCUCUGGGACCUCGAUCUCGCCGACCUGCGUCCAUGGCUCCGGCCCCUCGAUCGCGCAGUCAUCCGGACAGGAAUGAAGCAGACGAUCGACUUCUUCCACCGCCGCGUGCCCGACCUCGAUGAUCCACGCUGGCUGACGGUCGAACGGCAAAACCUCUACGACGUGGGGCACGUCAUCCAGCUGGAAGUCGCGGAGUGCAACGCGAAAAACUGGAUUGCCACUGACAAACUCAUCGUACAACUGUACGAGGAAAGAUUCGUGGGCCUAGGGUUCAACGACGGGACGCCGUCACCGACAGGCGGCGAGGGCAACAACGAGCCUGAGGGCAGUGAAGGGCGCAGCAGCAUUAGUGAGGACGACUUGGAGAAAGGCAUGAGUGAGGGCAACGCCGAGGGCACGACUGACGGCCGAAGCGAGAGCGAGAGCCUGAGGGGAGGUUGUUCCGACUACAUUUCAAGAGACGAGGCGCAUUGA